AUGUGGUUGAGGUCGCCCAUUUCCACGUCUGUGACCAUUGCCGUAUGGCCUUUGAAAUACCUGAUAAACGAGUUAUCGUGUAAAGAGAGAUGUAUGCUUUCGUCGACGCCGGCGGAAACUAGGAACUGGCCCGAGGCGUCGAAGUCGAGAGACGUGAUCGGCGUAUCGGGAACAUGGUUGCUGAAGAUCUUGGACGGUCUCAGUGACAAAAGCAGGUUCCCAGACAACGGAGUCGCCAUGGUACGAAAUAUUAGGAAAAGACAACUUUUUGGUGCACAGCCGCAAUAUAUAGGAGGUUUUUUAUUUUGGAAUUUGAAGACUAAAUUAAAUUAA